GUAUGCAGGAAGGACAUGACGACCACAGCACGCACUUGGCCACCACUGCUGCUGCUGCUGCUUCUCUCAGCUCUCGCCGCCACGCGGGGUGAGAAGCCGCUGGUGAGCCCUGAGUGCCUUCAGUGCAUAUGCUUGGCCCAAGGCUGCGAUAUGGAAAAGGUGUGCACGGAAGCAGCGAUAAGUUGCGGCCCCUUCCAGAUCUCGAGGCCCUUCUGGCUGGACGGACACCAGCCUGUCAUCCCGGGUGAUCUACAUACAGAUUUGUGGGCAUUUGAAAGAUGUGCUGAUGAUCCAUUUUGUUCUGCUCAGGCCGUAGAAGCUUACAUGACGAGAUACCAAAAGGACUGCGACAGUGACGGGCAAGUGGACUGUAUGGACUUCAUGUUAAUACAUCUGUAUGGACCUGGAGGAUGUGAUGGCGAUAAAACGCAGGGGCCAAUCGCUAUAUUCAUCUCCUGCUGGGACUCGUACAAAAAACAGUCGUCAAAUAUCACUAGUCAAGCACUGCCCAAUUAGCAGUGACUACAUUAUAUUUCUCUUAUGUAGCAUUGGUGCAAUGAACAAAUAUUUAACAUUAAUUACAUGUACACAAAAAAAUAAAAUAUAUUGACCCUAUCAUAACGCAAAGAAAGCUCACAACGACAAAGAUGAAAAAUUGGGAGAGUUGACGAAGUACUUAUUCUAACGUAAUGGCUCGCCUGUUAAUAUGAGGGGUGUUCAAUGGGUAAUGCAACACUUUUUCUUCUCAGCCAACUUCGGUUGAAAAAUUACAGAAUCCGUUGUGGAACAUCGUGGAAUAUUCCCGCUACAACCCCUGCAGUUUCAUGAAGUUCCGAUAGGUGGCGGCAUUAUACGUAGACUCCAAACUGGCAUCUGUUAUGGAGGUGCGUUCUAAGUAGAGGGCUGUCAUUGAGUUUUUUUGGGCGGAAAACCAGAGCAUCGCAUAUGUUCAUAGGCUCUUGCAUUAUGUCUACAGAGUCCUGGCAGCGAAUAAAAGCAUGGUGAGUCGUUGGCAGACAUGUUUGUCAUCAUCGCAACUAGGUCGCGCAUACCUGUCCGAUCAGCCGCGUGCCGGCCGACCGCACACAGCUGUGACUCUUGCAAUAUCGGAACGUGCGGACACUCUCAUUCGAGGUGAUCGAUGAAUCACAAUCAAACACAGCACUGCGCAACUGAACAUCUGCACACCCGCGAGGAACUCACGAAACUUCAUUUGACUGUUCUUCAUCAUCCACCCUACACUUCGGAUCUCGCACCUUUCGACUUUUAUCACUUUGGCCCAAUGAAGUAUGCAAUCCGUGGGAAGCAGUAUGUCGAUGAUGGGGUGGUUACUGAUGCUGCAAGACGGUGGCUCCGACGUCGACCAGUAGUGUGGUACCAUGUGGGCACAUAGACCCUCCAAUAAGG